AUGAACAACCUAAGCAACAUGACGGCUACGGCCGGCUUGCUGGGUUUCUCACACAAGAUUUUACUGAUCCGCUUUCAUCCAAAUACAAAAUAUUGGUAUAGUUACCAAUAUCAGACUUUGGUUACUUCACACGAACAGCGUAUUAUGAGAAGAUCAUCGACGAGAAUGAGGAUUUGCAAGAUAGUUUCUAGAACACAUAUGGAGACUUGCUUUCUCGUUUUUCUACGAUGUUUCUAA